AUGCUCAACUGCUUCCACGAUCGACCUCAGAUUUUCCGAGCUAAAGGAAAGUCUUUCAGGGAGAUUCGUGAUGGCGAGGCACGUAUAACCGGCACUCUGGAAGAAAAAUUUAAGUUAAUAGCAGCUGACUGCAACAAACUCACACUGAGAGUCACUCAAUUGGAGAGCGAGGUGAGAGAGAUGGGGAUGCUGAGGCAGCGGGUCCAGGAGCUGGAGGCGAAACUGUCUAAAAACUGCCAGGAUCAGCGCGUUGACGAGUUGGAGGCAAAAUUUUCCGAGCUAAAGGAAAGUCUUUCAGGGGAGAUUCGUGAUGGCGAGGCACGUAUAACCGGCACUCUGGAAGAAAAAUUUAAGUUAAUAGCAGCUGACUGCAACAAACUCACACUGAGAGUCACUCAAUUGGAGAGCGAGGUGAGAGAGAUGGGGAUGCUGAGGCAGCGGGUCCAGGAGCUGGAGGCGAAACUGUCUAAAAACUGCCAGGAUCAGCGCGUUGACGAGUUGGAGGCAAAAUUUUCCGAGCUAAAGGAAAGUCUUUCAGGGGAGAUUCGUGAUGGCGAGGCACGUAUAACCGGCACUCUGGAAGAAAAAUUUAAGUUAAUAGCAGCUGACUGCAACAAACUCACACUGAGAGUCACUCAAUUGGAGAGCGAGGUGAGAGAGAUGGGGAUGCUGAGGCAGCGGGUCCAGGAGCUGGAGGCGAAACUGUCUAAAAACUGCCAGGGUCAGCGCGUUGACGAGUUGGAGGCAAAAUUUUCCGAGCUAAAGGAAAGUCUUUCAGGGGAGAUUCGUGAUGGCGAGGCACGUAUAACCGGCACUCUGGAAGAAAAAUUUAAGUUAAUAGCAGCUGACUGCAACAAACUCACACUGAGAGUCACUCAAUUGGAGAGCGAGGUGAGAGAGAUGGGGAUGCUGAGGCAGAGGGUCCAGGAGCUGGAGGCGAAACUGUCUAAAAACUGCCAGGAUCAGCGCGUUGACGAGUUGGAGGCAAACAAGAAGUACACCUCAUUCGUGACCCAAAGCGGGCAGUACCAGUUCUUUAAGGAGCUUUUUGGUUUGUCAAACUCACCUGGAGUGUUUCAGAGUCCCAUUAAUGCGAUUUUCCGAACGCUGACUCCCAGAGGAAUCGCUCUCCCUUACGUUGUCGAUAUCAUUAUACCAGCAAAGGACGAAAAGGAGGCUGUAUCGAACCUCAAAGAAGUUAUAGGAACUUGCAGCAACUAUGGGCUAGAACUCAACCUAAAGAAAUGUCAUUUCCUGCAGACCCGUAUUCAGUUUUUAGGUCACGUCAUCGAGAAUAAAACAAUUUCCCCGACGCCUCAGAAGAUCGAUGCCGUUUCGAAAUUCAAGACUCCACAGAAUCUCAAGCAGCUAGAGGUUUGUAGUAGCCCAGAG